UGAAUUGAGAAGAGCCCACUUGCACACACACACACACACACACACAUAGUAGUAGCAGCCGCAUUUUCACAGCCCGCUCUUCAGACUGACAGCAGCAAACGGAGUUGAGAGCCAGCCAGUUGAGAGAGCGGGACAGAGGGCUGUAGACAAGGAAGUCAUCUACAGAGGACAGGGGAGAAGAGAUUUACUCAGGAUUUGGCGCUUUUUCAGCACCUUGGGAAACAUACAAGGAAUCUCCCCUCUGCUCUUCUUCAGCUGAACUUUCUCUGCUGGACAACCUGCUCUCUGCUAUGGCAGCCCUGAUGGGACAUGGGGAUCCAACGGCUUCCCUGUCAUCUGUCUCCUCUCAUCCUAGGGUGUUCUUCCUCUUGGCUCUCUCCUCUCUCUUGAGUCAGGUCUGCUGCUUUAACCUGGACACCACUCACACACUGCACAAGCUGGGGGACCGGGGGACCUUCUUUGGUUUCUCUGUGGCACUUCACCAGCAGCUUAACCCCGAGCCUCAAAGUUGGAUCUUGGUGGGAGCGCCACAGGCAGCAGGGCGGGGUCCGCUGACGGGAAAUCGGACCGGAGCCCUUUUCCGUUGUCCGAUCACGCCGGAGGAGUACGACUGUGAGAGGGUCAAUAUCGAUGAAGACGUAAGUCUUGACAGAGAAAGCAAAGACAAUCAGUGGUUGGGAGUUUCGGUAAAAAGUCAAGGAAUUGGAGGGAAGGUGGUGACCUGUGCUCACCUGUAUGAGCUAAGACAACGAGUCACGCAACCUUCGGAAACUCGGGAUCCCAUCGGACGCUGUUACGUCCUGAGCGAUGACCUGACGAGGCGGGACGACUUGGACGGAGGGGAGUGGAAGUUCUGUGAGGGUCGAUCGCAGGGACACGAGCAGUUUGGCUUCUGUCAGCAGGGCCUGUCUGUCAGUUUCACUCCAGACAGAAACUUUAUCCUGUUUGGAGCUCCAGGAACCUACAACUGGAAAGGCGAACUGCGAGUCGAGCUCCUGAACCAGACUGUUCUUGAACUCGGUUUCUAUGACGACGGCCCGUAUGAGGUGGCAGAUUACAAUGAGCUCAAUGCGCUGCUCAUCCCGUUGCCCUACCACAGUUACCUGGGGUUUUCUGUAGACUCAGCUAAGGGUAUAAUGAAUCUCAAGGAGCUGACCUUUGUGGCCGGCGCACCACGUGCCAAUCACACAGGGGCUGUGGUGCUGCUGAGGAAGGACAAUGUGCACCGACUGGUGCCACAGCACAUCUUCUGGGGGGAGGAGCUGGCUUCCUCGUUUGGAUAUUCGGUGGCCACCACAGAUCUUAACAUGGAUGGAUGGACAGAUGUGAUUGUUGGAGCUCCCAACUUUUUUGACCGCAAAGCAGAGAUUGGUGGAGCUGUUUAUGUUUAUCUAAACCCGCUUGGUCACUGGGAUGAUCAGGCCAGACCGAUCCGCCUCAAUGGGACAUACGACUCCAUGUUUGGGAUGACAGUCAGUAGCAUCGGAGAUCUGGAUCAGGACGGAUAUGGAGAUAUUGCUGUGGGAGCUCCAUUUGAUGGAGAUGGGAAGGUUUUUAUCUACAGAGGCUCCGAUGCUGGAAUUGAAACUAAACCUGCUCAGGUUCUGGAUGGCCAUGACUUUGAUGUGACCCGUUUCGGAUACUCCAUUUCAGGGGGGCUGGAUAUCGAUGAGAACCAUUAUCCAGAUUUGGCUGUUGGUUCUCUUAAUGACUCAGUAGUUCUCUUCAGGUCUUGUCCGGUCAUCCAUGUGGUCAGAGAAGUAUCAAUUGACCCUCAAAAUAUUGAUUUGGACCAAAAGAACUGCAAGGAAAGAGAUGGUGUCUGUGUUGAGGUUAAGGCCUGUUUUAUGUUCACGGCACACCCUCAUCAUUACUCACCACACAUUACCCUGGUGGUGCAUUUUGAAGCAGACACAGAGCGCAGAAAGCUGGGCCUCCCUCACCGGGUUAGCUUUCUGGGACGCAGCUCGCUGGAGCCCGAAUACACCCAAACAGAAGAAGUGGAGCUUCAUCGGCAGCGCGAGACUCACUGCGCCACCGCCAUCUUCCAGCUGCACGAAAGUAUUCGUGACAAACUGCGUCCCAUUUCAUUAGCGAUAACCCACAACAUCAAGCCUGUGCCGCCACGCAGAAACUCUGCUAAGAGGGCGCAGAAACUACCACCUGUGCUGAAUAUCUCUCCAUCUAAAACGCUAAAUUCUGAGGUGAACUUCCUGCGAGAGGGAUGCGGCAGCGACAAAAUCUGUCAGAGCAAUCUGAAGCUGAGCUACCAGUUUGGAACAACGGACCUUAACUCUGACUUCUUCACUCCUCUGCCAAAAGAUAAUGAUGGCGUUCAGGUGUUUUCUCUGUCUGAUCAACGACUGGUGGUGCUGGAGAUCACAGUCACCAACAUGCCUUCAGACCCUCUGAAUCCUGAGGAGGACGGCGAUGACGCUCACGCUUCCCAAUUGUUCAUCACACUUCCAGACACGUUACCAUACGCCGGCUCCAGGGUCCCACCUCAGAUGAUAUGUCAAGCGAAUCAGAAUGGAUCCCAGGUUGAAUGUGAUCUCGGAAAUCCUGUCAAGCGAAAUGCGAAGCUAAAAUUCACCAUCAACCUGAGUACGUCAAAUAUUACUACUGAGACCACUGAACUCACUGCAGGUCUCCAACUGGCAACGAUCAGUGAACAGCUUAGUCUGGAUCCUGUCACAGCUUUUGCUAAAGUUGUGAUAGAGCUCCCCCUGUCGGUCAAUGGUCUAGCUCGUCCUCAUCAGCUGUUCUUCAGCGGUACCGUAAAGGGGGAGAGUGCCAUGACCAGCCUAGAGGACAUCGGUAACCCUGUAGAUUUAGAAUUUGUGCUCUCCAAUCCUGGAAAAGCGCUCCAGAAACUUGGCUCCGCCUCCCUCAACAUCAUGUGGCCUUUCGAGCUGCCCAAUGGGAAGUGGCUGCUGUAUCCUGCAAGACUGAGGUUUGAGGGCCAACCAGACACUCAUUGCAGUCCCGCUGAGGCUGUCAAUCCUCUAAAUCUGCAGAGUUCCUCAGCUGCUAAUCAGGUGGUGGGUAGAAGUCGCCGUUCACACCCAGAGGAGGAAGAGCAAAUGAUGACAAAAGGCAGCGAUGGAGGCACCACGCCAGCAGUGGCAGCUUCAGAGAGACGCAAGUCACUCAAACUGGAUUGCCUGCUGGGCUCAGCGCGCUGUGUGCUGUUCCAGUGUCCACUCCACAGCUUUACUGGUCAGGCUGUCCUCAAGAUCCACGCCAGACUCUGGAAGAGCAGUUUCAUAGAGGAUUUUCCAACGGUUAGUGCUCUGGAGCUGCUGAUCAGAGCAAACAUCUCUGUCAAGUCCACCAUCAAACAUCUGGUCCUCAGAGAUGCAUCUGUACAGAUCCCAGUAAUGAUCUACCCGGAGCUUGAUCUUGCAGAGCAAUACAUGAUUCCCUGGUGGAUCAUCCUGAUCGCCAUCCUGGCAGGCAUCCUGCUGCUGACUCUCCUUGUCUGCAUAUUAUGGAAGUGUGGCUUCUUCCGUCGUGCCCACUACAAAGACAAACUUCCUCAGUACCAUGCGGUGAAGAUUCCUCGCGAGCUCCGGCCACAGUUCCAAACGGAGAAGUCUGGAAGCAUCCAUAAAAAGGAAUGGGCCACGCACUGGAGUGAUGGGACCUUGUAACUUUAAAGCACUGAAUUUGAAUCAGCGUGUGUGGUACUCAUUCUGUCUUUGCUUUGUAACUAACUGACUCAAAAAGGGGAAAAAAAGAAAGAAAAAAAAAAGCGCACCAAAACUGGGAUCAUGAGAUUUUCUGCAUGUCAGAACAUGCAAAUUGGGAGCCUUUGAGCAGAUAUGCAUUCUCCCAACUGCAGCUCAUUAACAUCUUGGCCUAAGAUAUUCUGUUUACACUGUGUGUCCACAGUAUUUCACAGUUUGACAGCGAGUACUGAAGCCUCACAACCAGAUUAGAACAAGUCUAGCGGCUCAGUAUGUUUCCCGGCCUACACAAGGGAGCGUUGACGCUUCGCCGUCUGUCAGUGAUUUUGACUGGCAGCUCAAAGGAGGACUGGAAAAUCAAAGACCUGCAUGAAUGCACAGACAUGGAGGACAACAUUAGAUGCCAUCAGACAAGCAGAUUGAUGCAGGAGCCAUCUGACAAAGACUACUUUUUGCCUUAACUACUGGGACUAAUGAUGAGUAUGGGCAAAGAAAAACAGCUUUUUAACAAAAUCUGUGGAAAAUGUUUUUUUUUUUUGUUAGUAACAAUUGGAGGAAUGCAUUGAAAAUGGAUACUUGAAAAUGUAUUUAAUACAAGUGCAUCCCAACAAAUUAAAGUAACAUUGAAAGGUUAAUUUAUUUCAGUAACAGUUCAAAAAGUGAAAAAAUAUUUAUAACAUACUAAUUACUUCAAUUUAAUUUGAUGGCUUAGAACUAUUAAAAAUGUUUUAAAUUUCCCACUUGGUGUUUCACUUUUCAAAUUUAGUUAUGAAAAUAAACUUCUUGAUGAUAUUUUUAUUUCAGAUGCACCUGUAUGCUCACUUUUUUUGCUGUCACAUGAUUUAAGAGGAAACCCCUGUGUUACUGUUUUUUUUUUGAGUUAUAUUAGUUAAAUCUGCAAAACAUCUCUGAUCUGCUGCCUGGGUUACCUUGAAUUUACAAUGAAAUAUUAUGGAGGGAAUGAAUUGCUGAGGUUUGUGGUAAUGUUGUUGCAUGGAAAUCAAAUGUGUCAGAAAGCUAACCCAGUUUUUUUUCAACAAUUUCCUGCUGAUAACAAGAAAUAUAAUGGUCAUUAUGCACAAGAAAGAAUGUCUACAGCAGGUUUUCAGGUAAAUUAUUUUUUUCAUCAAGUGUAUUUUUCUCCAGGCAUUUUAAGAGCCGUGCAGCAAAUAAAGUUGUUUUUAACUAUACAAUCUCACUUGUUACGCUGAUCACUACUCGUAUAAAUUCACGUAAACCGGUAUUCUAAUUUCAUCAUUGAUUGGUCUAAUGUCAAACAUGUGCCUUGUAGUAAAAGUGGCAGAUGGAGAUCUACUCAUUACAAAGACAAGGCUCCUUCUAAUUAGAUGAGGCUGCGCUCCGACAUCUGUUGGUACCGGUGGAUGUUUACAAUCUCUUUCAAACACUGAGCAACACAAAGAGCAGAUUUCCUGGUUUUGUAAACCAACUACAAACAGAAGGGCAAGCUUUUUUUUUGUUUAAUUAGAGUUUACUGUAAAGCAAGAGGAGACAGCUUGGAUUUUUAGGUAUUGCUGGACAAUCGUUUGUUUUCUGCAUGAGGAUCCUGUUGCUGUUCUGACGUCUCCAACUCCAGUUGUUUUUGUUGCCAUUUGUUUUAUUUAUUUUUGUUUGGCUGUACGAUGUCAACAUUGUAAAUAAAAGACAAGUAGGUUCAGA